GCCAACCGCCAAAUAAACUCCACAAAGAGCAAGAAUAAGAAGACGAAGAAGAAGCGGCUCGACCUGAGAGUAAACAGAAAAGCUCAAACAUCAACACUUGGGACUAUCUUCCAGAGGACACUAUUACAAUACCUUUUCUGUGUGCAGGCAUGUUUCCCCGCCCCUGGAGGUUCGGUGGGGACAGGUUGACCGAUGUGGACCUCUUCGCCGACGGCUCCGAGUCCGCUGCAGAGUCCCUGUCCCAGGCCAUCAGAGCCGCUGCCUCCGCGGAGCCGGACGCCGACGGCAGCGUGUCGUUCGGCCAGCUGCGAGGCACCGUGGUCGGGCUCCGAUACUACAGUGGUGUGGUAAACCGGGGGGAGAUGGUGGGCUUGGUACGGGAGCCCCAGAAUCCGUACGACCGGAACGCGGUGAUGGUCACCAACGUUUUGGGCCGACAGGUGGGACACAUCAGGAAGGAGCUGGCAGCGGCCAUGGCCUACGUCAUGGACAACAGCUUGGCCAAAGUAGAGGGGGUGGUUUACUCGGGGACCAACAACACCUUCUCCAUGCCGGUCACCCUGUCCUUCUGGGGCAGCGAGGAGAACAGGGACGCCGUGUUGAAGCACAUGGCGAGCCGAGGGUUCAGGCUGGACUCGGACGGAGGCAGAACCGCAGGUGCGAAGGGGACAUCUGUUGGCAACUCUGUGUCCAGGUUCACCUUCAAGAAAGGCGUGACCGUCCCGCUGACUGCAGAGGAGCUGAAGAACGCGUUUGACAACUUAUUUGAGGGUUUGAUGCAGAGCAAAGACGGGGAGAAAGAAGCAGCUGAGGCCGUGGCCACGCCCCUGCUGCCCCACCAGAAGCAGGCGCUGUCCUGGAUGUGCGCUCGAGAGAAUAAAGACGCGCUGCCGCCCUUCUGGGAGAAGCGAGGCGAGCUGUACUACAACAGCCUCACCUGUUUCUCCGCCAAAGAAAUACCAGAGAGGCUCCGGGGGGGAAUACUGGCCGACGACAUGGGUCUGGGUAAAACUCUAACAACCAUCGCACUGAUCCUUACCAACUUCCACAAAGGAAAGCCCUUGCCUGUGGAGAAAAGUGCAGCGAUAUUUUCACCUACCAAGGCUAAAAGUAAACCACUGGAAGAGAGCAGCAGUGGAGAUAAUGCGGCGGGAGGAAGUUCCCACUGCUCAGACAUUCCAGAUGAGGACGUCAUCUGCGUCGGUGAAGCAGAUGUGGUGCUGAUAGAAGACGGACCACGGAAAAGAGGCACCAGCAAAGGGAAGCACAAACCCACUAAACGGAAACCCAGCAAAGAGGGACCAGUAUUAUUUGAAGAUCUGGACUUCGCUGCGGCCCUGAGCGGCUCGACGUCGGAUACGGGCCUGAAGAAGAAGAAAACAGCUGAGAAAAAACAGAGUGUGGAAGUGUCAAUCAGUGAAAACACAGAGGAUCUGUCAGCGAGGGCAACUCUCAUCCUCUGUCCUCUCUCUGUGCUCAGCAACUGGCUGGACCAGUUCGAGCAGCACGUGCACGCCGACGUGAAGCUCAGGGUCUACCUGUACUACGGCCCGGAGCGCAACAGGAGCAAGACGUUUCUGUCCUCUCAGGACGUGGUGAUCACCACCUACAACGUCCUCUCUGCUGACUUUGGGAGUAAGAGUCCUUUACAUGGGAUCUGCUGGCUGCGGGUGGUUCUGGACGAAGGACACAUGAUCAGAAACCCGAACGCACAGAUGAGCAAGGCCGUGCUUGAACUGAAAGCUCAGAGGCGAUGGAUUCUUUCAGGCACGCCGAUCCAGAACAGCGUGAAGGACCUGUGGAUGCUGCUGGCCUUCCUCCGCCUGAAGCCCUUCGACGUGAGGGAGUGGUGGAACAGAGUGAUCCAGAGACCGGUCACGCAAGGAGACAAGACCGGCCUGCAAAACCUCCAGAACCUGGUGAGGUGCAUCACCCUGAGACGGACCAAGAGCAGCGAGGUGAACGGGCGCCGCCUGGUGUUGCUGCCCAAGAAGACGGUUUACGUGGAGCAGGUGGAGCUCAGCCAGCAGGAGAGGGAGGAGUAUGAGCUGGCACGCAACGAGGGGAAACGCACCAUCGGCCGGUAUGUAGCCGAAGGCUCUGUGUUGAGGAAUUACGCCGACGUGCUCGCCAUAUUGAUGAGGCUCAGACAGCACUGCUGCCACCCUGAUCUGCUCGGCAAAAUAUCCUCAGAUUUAGCCGCUGCCGCCACGGACACUCCAGCAGAUCUGCGGGAGCGACUGAUAGAAAGACUGCGGCUGGUGUUGGCCAGCGGCUCGGACGAGGAGUGCUCCGUGUGUCUGGAGUCCCUCCGCCUGCCCGUCAUCACUCACUGCGCCCACGUUUACUGCCGGCCCUGCAUCGCCCAGGUCAUCAGCAGCGAGCAGCAGGCCCGAUGUCCCCUCUGCCGAGGCGAGAUCAAGGCCAGUGAGCUGGUGGAGUUUCCACCAGAGGAAGUGGAAGAUGAGAAGAGCGUGAACUGUGGCAGGUGGAGAACUAGCUCGAAGGUUCAGGCGCUGAUGGGGAACCUGCUCCGGCUGCGGUCUGAGGACGCCAACAUCAAGUCUCUGGUCGUCUCCCAGUUUACGCGCUUCCUCACCAUCCUCCAGGGACCGCUCAGGGAGCACGGCUUCAGUUUUGUGCGUCUGGACGGCAUGAUGAGCCAGAAGAAGAGGGCUCAGACCAUCCAGGAGUUUCAGAGCUCUGCGGCAGACAGCCCCAAAAUCAUGCUGCUGUCGCUCAAAGCCGGAGGGGUGGGGCUCAACCUGACGGCGGCCUCUCGUGUCUUCCUCAUGGACCCUGCCUGGAACCCAGCUACUGAAGAGCAGUGCAUUGAUCGCUGCCACCGUUUAGGCCAGAAGAAAAACGUCGUGGUCACCAAGUUCAUCGUGAAGGAUUCGGUGGAGGAGAACAUGGUGAGGAUCCAAAAAAAAAAGCAGGAUCUGGUGGAGAAGACGUUCGGCUCAGUCAGCGCGGAAAGGAAGACGUCUCGGAUCGACGACAUCAGAGCCUUGUUGGAGAUGUAGACGUCCGCCAGCGACGCUGAAUUCAUCCGCUUUACUUUCCACGCAUCGAGAUAAAACAUGUUUAGUCUGGAUGCGUGAUUUAUAUAGAACUGUUAAAAAAACUUUAAAAGCUUCUGCCUCGUUUUGCUAAGAGACGAAAUGCAUUUCUAUGAGAAGGUUUGUGUCCAAGUUUUCAUUUUGCUGCUUUGUUCUGGCUGUUAACUAAUUUUGCAAUAAAGAAACGUUCACAAAGUUGCAUAACUUUU